GUGGCGGCCCGUGAAGGUUCCAGAAGCGGCUCCGGUUCGGGCGGGCCCGGAACCGUUCGGGGCUCCCGGUUCGGGGGAGCCGGCGGCUCCCGGAGGGGCUCCCGCUUCGGGGGAGCCGGAGGAGCUCCCGGAGGGGCUCCCGGAGGGGCCGGGCGUGUCCGGGCGCCCGGUUCGGUCCGGGUUGGGCGGGGCCGGCUCGGUACCGGCUCGGGAGCGGGGCCAUGAACGGCGGCGGGGCCGGGCCGGGCCCGGUGUGGCUGGCGGUGAGCAGCUCCCUGAACGCUUUCCGUGCCUGCAAACGCUUCUCGCCCGCGCUCACCAUCGCCGAGCUCAAGUGCAAACUGGAGCUGGUGGUGGGCUCCCCAGCCUCGUGCAUGCAGCUGGAGCUGUUCGGGGCCCAGGACGAGCCCCUGGGGCCGCUGGACUGCGACGAGGCCCUGCUGGGCUCCUUCCCCAUCAGCGACGGCUGCAGGGUGCACGUGACCGACCGCAGCGGGGCCCGUGCGGGGCAGUUUGAGGACCUGAGCCAGGUGGCCAAAUACGAGAUGGCCGAGAGUGACUACGACAAGAGGACAGCCCGCCGCAGGGCCACCAUCGCCUUCGUGGGCGAGACGGAUUUCAAGCCGGGGUUUUGGGUUGGGGUGCGCUACGACGAACCGCUGGGCAAGCACGACGGGAGCGUGGGCGGCCGCCGUUACUUCGAGUGCCCCCCGAAAUACGGCGCCUUCGUCAAACCCCAGAACGUCGUCCCCGGCGACUUCCCCGAGGAGGACGACGGCCUGGACGACGAACUCUGACGGGACCCCCCAGGAUCCCCCCCAAACCCCCCCAAAUCCCGGCGUUUUCCCGCAUUUUUUUGGGGUUAUUCCGUCGAUUUUCGGGAAAAGCGGAUUUGGUUUUGGGGGAGGGGACAAAAUGGCGUCGGGGGCGGGGCUUUCCCGCCUGCUCUGGAGGCUCCGCCCCCUCCCGGGGGAGGUUGGGAGUUGGGGAAUCCCAAAAUUCCCAAAAUUCCUCCCGGGAUUCCCAAAAUUCGCCCCCUCCCCCACCCCGGGACCGCCCCGUGGUGGGCGUGGCUUUGGGUGGGUGGGCGUGGUUUGAGCGUUCAGCCAAUCAGAGCGCUCCUGAGGGGGGCUAAAGGGGCGUGGCCAAGGCGUGGAUGGGACACGCCCCUCUCGGCCCCUCCCCCACCCCCAAAAGGCGU